AUGACCGACCCUUACCAAUGGCGCGAAUCAGUCCUGUCCACACGCAGCCUCUCAUAUGUCAGCAACAUGGAUGCCGCCGACUCCAUCCUCAGGCCCUCGACCAUGCGCAAAAACACCCUCACCUCAAUCUCCUCAGACUACGCCGAAGAAGACUUCCACGAUGCCCUCACACAAGUCCCCUCCACCGACAACCUCCCACCUUCAGUCUUCGACUCACCACUCUUCCGCCUACCACGCGACCUCCGCCUACACAUCUACUCCUACCUCCUCACAAGCAGCCAAAAUAUCUUCUGGCCCACAGAACACCAAUCUCACCAUCUGGCCCCACAACUCCUGCGCACAUGUAGGCCAAUCUACGAAGAAGCUGCUCACGUGCUCUACCAAACAAAUACGCCUACUUUCGCUCACCCCAGCGAUGCGAAUAUCUUUGCUCAUGCCUUGAGUAAUCGCUCGUUUGCUGAGUUGAUCCCGCACAUCACUCUACGCAUUCGGAGUAAUGAUACUCGUCUCUGGACUGGCUGGUUCAACACAAAUGCUGCCGAGAGAAGUCUGGUUCGCGAUUUGCCUGGACUACGCCAACUGACCAUCCGCUAUAGAGGGCCCAGAUGGCAGCCGAGUUUGAAUGAAAAGGCAAACGCGGAUCUAUGGCUCAAAGAUCCAAAGUUGCAGGAAAUCAUACUGUCGGUGAGGAAGUGUGUUGCAGAGGUCAGGCUGUUGUUGUGUGUGAGGUUGCCUGAAGAGAUGGCAGAGGAGAUCGCAAGAGGCAUGGGACAGGGCGAAGAGGGAGAAGAGAAGAUGCCGCAUGUCAUGUUCAGAAGAUGGGUCUGGCUGAAUGGCUGUCACAUUCGUGUCGAGCCUCUGGGUAGGGAUGACGAUGUGUGA